AUGUCCACUAUUUCUCAUCUAUUUAAACGGGCUUCCUUUUCCCUGCCAAGUACUUAUGCUGCACCUCCCCCGGGAUAUGUAACACCGCAUUGGCCUAGUCUCUAUGGCCCUAAUUCAGAUGGAAUUUAUCUCUACGUACCUUCAACUAUCUGGAAAUUCACGUUGUAUUGGACUCUACUACUCGAAGGAAUUGUGUUCAUGGGAUGUGGAUUGUUUGCAAGCUUUACAUUUUGGAGAAGUGGAUCGAGGGCCGUGAAUAGUAGUAAAAGUGAUAAGAUGGUGAAAAUGGGAUUAGGAGGAGUGACGAAGAAGACGAAGAUUCGAAGAGGGUCAGCUGGAUCGAUACACAACCAAGAAGAAUGGAUCCCAUUAAAUCGCCACCGGAGAGCCUCAUCAAUCAUCACUACUAUCCAUCAUCCUGCAAUACAUCUCAACCGCACCAGGAGACCAUUCGCCAGUCUAUUCAUCACCCCUGUUUUUUUCUUAGUCAUAUACUCAUUUUCUGCUGUAAUCUCCGGUAGCCUUGUAGGCUGGGCUAUCGCGGCUCUAUACAACGCCGCUUUCCUGAGAAUGUCGACUUGGGUUCCUGCUCUUUGGUCGGCUGGACUCACGCUGAUUGUUAUUAUUAGUUCUUAUUCCAAUAUUUCUACAGUUUUGUGA